UCGGGAGUCGCUCGGGAGCCGGUGGACUGAGCGGUCUCGAGAGGGGCACACAGGGAGAAAGGGGCGCGAGGGGCAGCCGCUGUGCCCUCCGCGGCCGAGGAAAAUGGUCUUCGAGUCGGUAGUCGUGGACGUGUUGAACCGGUUCUUGGGCGACUAUGUGGUGAACCUGGACAAGUCCCAGCUCUCUCUGGGCAUCUGGCAAGGUGCUGUGGUCCUCAAAAAUCUUGUGAUUAAAGAAAAUGCCUUGAGUCAACUGGAUGUACCAUUCAAAGUUAAAGUUGGUCAUAUAGGUAAUCUUCAACUUGUAAUUCCAUGGAAAAACCUUUAUACCCAACCAGUUGAAGCUAUCUUAGAAGAAAUUUAUUUACUCAUAGUGCCUUCUUCUAGAAUAAAAUAUGAUCCUCUAAAAGAAGAAAAACAACUUUUAGAAGCAAAGCAACAGGAAUUAAAACGAAUAGAAGAAGCAAAACAAAAAGUAGUUGAUCAAGAAAAACCUCGGGAAGAAAAACAGGACACUUUUGCAGAAAAAUUAGUUACUCAGAUCAUAAAAAAUCUUCAAGUGAGAAUUUCCAGCAUUCAUGUUCGUUACGAGGAUGAUAUCACAAAUCGAGAUAAACCACUUUCAUUUGGUAUUUCUCUUCAAAACCUCAGCAUGCAGACAACUGAUCAAUACUGGGUUCCAUGUUUACAUGAUGAAACUGAGAAACUAGUUCGGAAGCUAAUCCGAUUGGAUAAUCUUUUUGCCUAUUGGAAUGUGAAGUCUCAGAUGUUUUAUCUUAAUGAUUAUGAUGAAUCAUUGGACAACUUGAAGAAUGGUAUUGUCAAUGAAAAUAUAGUCCCACAAGGUUAUGAUUUUGUAUUUCGUCCUAUAUCUGCUAAAGCCAAACUUAAGAUGAAUCGUCGAUCAGAUUUUGACUUUUCUGACCCUAAAAUAAACCUGGAUGUUGAGUUACAUAACAUAGCCAUUGAAUUUAAUAAACCACAGUAUUUCAGUGUGAUGGAACUUCUUGAGUCCAUUGAUCUGAUGAAACAAAAUCUGCCUUAUAGAAGAUUUAAGCCUGAUGUGCCUCUUCACUACCAUGCCAAGGAAUGGUGGGCUUAUGCUAUUCAUGGUGUUCUUGAAGUAAAUGUUCAACCUAGUUUACAGAUGUGGUCAUGGAAGCAUAUUAAAAGCCACAGACAAAAUGUGAAGCAAUAUAAAAAACUGUAUAAAAAAAAGUUAACAAAUAAGAAGCCAUCUGCUGAAGUUCUCAUGACUUUGGAGAAGUUGGAAAAAAUCCUGGAUGUCUUUAAUAUAACCAUAGCUAGACAGCAGGCAGAAGUUGAGGCAAAGAAAGCUGGAUACAAGAUCUACAAAGAGGGAAUAAAUGAUCCCGAGGAUAAUAAAGGAUGGUUUGGUUGGCUGUGGACAUGGUCAGAAUCAGAAGCUAAACAACAACCAGAAAUUAAACCUGGACUUCUUGAAGAAAUGCUGACACCUGAAGAAAAAGUUUUACUCUAUGAAGCAAUUGGUUAUAGUGAAACAGCAGUUGAUCCAACCUUGCCCAAAACUUUUGAAGCCAUAAAGUUGUUUGUCCACUUGAAAAGUAUGUCAAUUGUUCUCAGAGAAAAUCACCGCAAGCCAGAGCUGAUAGACAUUGUAGUAGAAGAAUUUAGUACUUUAAUUGUGCAAAGACCAGGAGCACAAGCAGUAAAAUUUGAAACUAAAAUUGACUCAUUUCACAUUACUGGCUUACCAGACAAUUCAAGAAAACCUUACCUUCUAACUUCCUUGGAUAACAUGUCACUUUUCCAAAUUACAUUUGAGAUAAAUCCUUUAGAUGAAACUGUUGCUCAAAGGUGUAUCAUAGAAGCAGAACCUUUAGAAAUAAUUUAUGAUGCAAGGACAGUCAAUAGUAUAGUGGACUUCUUCAGACCCCCAAAAGAGGUGCAUCUAGCACAACUCACCACAGCAACUUUGACAAAACUUGAAGAAUUUCGAAAUAAGACAGCAACAGGUCUGCUAUAUAUUAUUGAAACACAGAAAGUUCUUGAUCUACGAAUUAAUUUGAAGGCUUCAUAUAUUAUUGUCCCACAGGAUGGAAUUUUUAGUCCUACAUCAAAUCUUCUUCUUUUGGAUCUUGGUCACCUAAAGGUGACAAGUAAAACUCGUUCGGAAUUACCAGAUGUGAAGCAAGGUGGGGCCAACCUUGAAGAGAUAAUGCACAGAGCUUAUGAUUCUUUUGAUGUUCAUCUUACAAGCAUACAGCUGCUUUACAGUAGAGCAGGUGAUAAUUGGAAAGAAGCACGAAAACUGAAUGUAUCUACACAGCACAUAUUAGUACCUAUGCAUGUCAAUGUGGAACUCUCUAAAGCCAUGGUUUUCAUGGAUAUCAAGAUGCCCAAAUUUAAGAUCUCUGGAAAGCUACCUCUUGUUUCUCUACGAAUCUCGGAUAAUAAACUUGAAGGGAUUAUGCAGUUGAUUGAAAGUAUUCCAAAACCUGAACCAGUAAUUGAUAAACCUGCCCCUGUCAAAUAUCAGACUCAAGUAUCUACUUCUUUGCCAACAACACAGAUUUCUCAGAAAAUAAUUCCUCUUUUGGAAAUUCCCUCUGUUACUGAUGAUGACUCAGAAGAGGAAUUUUUUGAUGCACCAUGUAGUCCAUUGGAAGAGUCACCUCAAUUUGUAACUAGAGUUAAAUGUACUCGACAAAAAAAUUUACAAAAGCAAGACUGUUCAAUGAAUUUGACUCAGUUCAGAGUGCGAUUUGAAGUAGCAGAGGUUUUGAUUCAAUUUUAUCACCUUGUAGGAGAUUGUGAACUUCCUGUGAUAGAAAUUGAUGUAUUAGGGUUGGGUACAGAAGUUGAGAUUAGAACAUAUGAUUUGAAAGCGAAUGCCUUUUUGAAAGAGUUCUGCUUAAAAUGUCCAGAAUAUUUUGAUGAAAACAAGAAACCAGUUUAUUUGGUCACUACACUAGAUAAUACAAUGGAAGAUCUGUUAACAUUGGAAUAUGUGAAGGUUGAGAAAAAUGCACCUAACUUGAAAGAUACCUAUAAUAACAUUUUACAACUUAUUAAGGUGAAUUUUUCUUCUUUGGAUAUUCAUUUACAUACUGAAGCACUUCUGAAUACAAUAAAUUAUCUAACUAGUAAUCUUCCACAAUCAGAGGAAAAAUCUGCCCCCGUGUCUGUUCCAGAGACUGAAGACAAAGGAGAUAUCAUUAAAAAAUUUGUAAAGCCAUCACUGAACGAAGAUAUCAUUACCUUGCAGAUUUUAGCAGAAUUAUCAUGUUUACAGAUUUUUAUUCAAGACCAGAAACGAAACAUUUCUGAAAUUAAAAUUGAAGGGCUUGAUUCUGAGAUGAUUAUGAAGCCUUUUGUAACUGAAGUCAAUACAAAACUAAGGAAUAUAAUUGUUUUGGAUUCUGAUAAGAUGGCUACAUACAAAAAGGCUGUUUAUAUAACUGGAAAAGAAGUUUUCAGCUUCAAAAUGAUUUCUUACAUGGAAGCAACUGCUGGUUCUGCAUACACUGAUAUGAAUGUAGUUGACAGUCAAGUUAACUUAACUGUUGGUUGCAUUGAAGUGGUGUUUGUUACAAAAUUUCUAUAUUCUAUAAUGGCUUUUGUAGACAAUUUUCAAACAGCUAAAGAAGCCUUGGCUGAAGCAACUGUUCAGGCGGCAGGAAUGGCUGCCACCGGAGUAAAAGAACUGGCACAGAGAAGCUCCAGGUUCGCAUUGGAUGUUAACAUCAAAGCUCCAGUUGUGGUCAUCCCACAGUCUCCAGUGUCUCAGAAUGUUUUUGUUGCUGACUUUGGACUCAUUACAAUGAAAAAUAAGUUCAUUAUGGUAACAGAGACCAAGAGCAACCCCCCUCCUGUUAUAGAUUUGAUAACAAUCAAGCUGAGUGAGAUGAGACUCUACAGGUCUCAGUUUGUGGAAGGUAAAUACCAAGAAGUACUGGAUCUGUUACUGCCUUUAAACUUGGAAGUGAUUGUGAAGAGGAACUUAUCCUGGGAGUGGUACCAAGAAGUUCCUCAUUUUAAUGUAAAUGCUCAGCUAAAGCCCAUGGAGUUCAUUCUGAGUCAAGAAGACUUAACUACUAUUUUUAAAACAUUGUAUGGCAAUAUAUGGAAUGAAGAAAAUAUGAGUGCCCCUUCUGCUAUCAUUAAAGACCAAAGUGUCACAGGUGAAGUCAGCAGUGCUUCCCACCACUCAGAAGGAGCUACUGUAGUGACUGCUGCUGUGGUAGAGGUACAUCCACAGGUUUCUCAAGUUAAGACAACAGUAAACAUAAGUUUCAGAACAGACUACCUCACCAUGACAUUAUAUAAUCCAGGUCCUAAACAGGCUCCCUUUACUGAUAUUCGCGAUCCUUCUUUGAAACUUGCUGAAUUUAAAUUGGAGAAUAUUAUAAGUACUUUAAAAAUGCAUUCAGAUGAUUCAGCAUUCUGUUCUUUCUCAUUAAAAAAUUGCAUCUUAGAUGAUACAAGGCCUCAUGUCAAGAAAGCAACUCCUAGAAUGAUAGGAUUGACAGUUGGAUUUGACAAAAAGGACAUGAUGGAUGUAAAAUAUAGAAGAGUCAGAGAUAGUUGUGUGACAGAUGCAAUUUUUCAAGAAAUGUAUGUUUGUGCAAGUGUAGAAUUUCUGAUGACUGUUGGACAUGUCUUUUAUGAUGCCUAUAUGGAUGGCUUGGCUGUAGAAACAAGUGCUCAAGCCUGGACUUCUAAAGAAGUGCCUGUGCAGGAAUUAGGGAAAUGGGAAAUAAAUAUUCUUAUUAAAAAUCCCGAAAUUGUGUUUGUGGCUGAUAUGACAAGAAAUGAUGCUCCUGCUUUCGUCAUUACAACACAGUGUGAAAUUUGCUGUAAAGGUGACCUUGAAAGCAGUACAGUGACUGCUGCCAUUAAAGAUCUCCAAGUCAGAGCAUGCCCAUUUCUUCCAAUCAAAAGAAAAGGCAAAAUCACCACUGUUUUGCAGCCUUGUGACUUGUUUUAUCAGAGUACUCAGAUAGGUAAUGAUCCACAACUGAUUGAUAUAUCAAUAAAAUCCCUUACACUAAAGGUUUCACCAGUUAUCAUAUAUACCAUGAUAACUAUAACUUCAGCACUUGGUCCAAAUAAAGAAAACAUCCCAGAAGAAAAUGCUGCUUCUAUAGCACAUUUAUGGGAGAAGAAGGAUACAAAGAAUUUAAAAAUGUGGUUUCUUGAAGAAUCCAGUGAAACUGAAAAUGUAAUUUCCACAAUUGAUUUGGAACCCAAAGGAGAAAUGAUGAAAGUGAACAUUGAUUCUAUUUUUAUAGUUCUCGAGGCUGGAGUAGGUCAUAGAACAGUGCCUAUGCUUUUGGCAAAAUCGUGCUUUUCAGGGGAUUGCAAAAACUGGACUACCCUAAUAAAUUUAUACUGCCAUCUUGAACUAGAGGUUCAUUAUUACAAUGAAAUGUUUGGUGUUUGGGAACCUUUGCUUGAACCCUUAGAAAUUGAUCAAACUGAUGAUUUUAGACCAUGGAAUCUUGUAAUCAAGAUGAAAAAGAAAGCAAAAAAGGCCAUUGUUGAGUCUGAUACUGAAGAAGAAAACUACAAAGUGCCAGAGUAUAAAACUGUUAUCAGUUUUUAUUCAAAGGACCAAUUAAAUAUUACAUUAUCCAAAUGUGGUCUUGUGAUGUUAAAUAAUUUAUUCAAGGCAUUUACUGAAGCUGCUACUGGAUCGUCAUCCAGCUUUAUAAGGGAUCUAGCACCAUUUAUGAUCAUAAAUUCUCUUGGACUUAGUGUUACUGUGUCACCAAGCGAUUCUUUUCAUGUACUCAACAUUUCUAUGGCAAAAUCUUAUACCCUGAAAAAUGAAGAAACUUUAAGUAUGGAUUAUGCACGAACUAAGGACAAUGAUCAUUUCAGUGCAAUGACCAGCCUAAGCAGCAAACUGUUCUUUAUUCUACUUACACCUGUUAAUCACUCUACUGCUGAUAAGAUUCCCUUAACCAAAGUAGGACGCCGUCUAUAUACUGUAAGACACAGAGAAUCUGGAGUUGAAAGAUCUAUUGUUUGUCAAAUUGAUACAGUUGAAGGAAGUAAAAAGAUAACAAUCCGCUCACCAGUACAGAUUAGAAACCAUUUUUCAGUCCCAAUUUCUGUUCAUGAAGGAGACAAUUUAUUAGGAAUUGCCUUACCUGAGAAUGAAUUUAACAUACCAUUAGCAUCUUACCGAUCAUUCCUUUUUUUCAAGCCAGAAGAUGAAGACUAUCAGAAAUGUGAAGGAAUUGACUUUGAAGAAAUUAUAAAGUAUGAUGGAACCCUUAUACAGAAGAACUGUAGAUCUAUAAAGCCUUCUAAGAAAUCAUUUAUUAUUAAUAUUGUCCCAGAGAAAGAUAAGUUGACGUCUCUGUCAGUGUACUCAGAAGACGGUUGGGACUUACCAUACAUAAUGCACUUGUGGCCACCUGUCCUAUUGCGAAAUCUUCUUCCUUACAAAAUUGCAUAUUAUAUAGAGGGAGAUGAAAAUACAGUUUUUAGUCUACAUGAAGGCCAUUCAGCCCAGAUUUGUAAUGUACAGAUGGAUAGAGCCAAGCUACAUUUAAAAUUACUUAACUAUCUUAAUCAUGAUUGGAAAAGUGAAUACCAUAUAAAACCUAAUCAACAAGACAUCAGUUUCAUCAACUUUACCUGUAUUACUGAAAUGGAAAAGACUGAUUUGGAUAUUGCUGUCCAUAUGACUUACAAUACUGGUCAGACAAUUGUGGCAUUUCAUAGUCCAUAUUGGAUGGUCAAUAAAACAGGUCGAAUGUUACAAUAUAAAGCAGAUGGAAUUCAUCGAAAGCAUCCACCUAAUUAUAAUAAGCCAGUUCUCUUUUCUUUUCAGCCAAAUCACUUUUUUAAUAACAAUAAGGUUCAGCUUAUGGUGACUGAUAGUGAGUUGUCUGAUCAAUUUUCAAUUGAUACUGUUGGUAGUCAUGGAGCUGUUAAAUGCAAAGCCCUAAAAAUGGAAUAUCAAGUUGGGGUCACUAUAAACCUCAGCAGUUUUAAUAUUACUAGAAUUGUGACAUUUACUCCUUUUUAUAUGAUUAAAAACAAAAGCAAAUAUCAUAUAUCAGUGGCCGAAGAAGGACAUGAUAAAUGGUUUUCUCUUGACUUAGAUCAGUGCAUCCCCUUUUGGCCUGAGAAUGCUAGUAGUAAACUUCUUAUUCAAGUGGAAAGGAGUGACAGUCCUCCCAAAAGAAUAUAUUUUAACAAGCAAGAAAAUUGUAUAUUAUUGCGUCUGAAUGAUGAGCUUGGAGGCAUUAUAGCAGAAGUGAAUUUGGCUGAGCAUUCUACAGUUAUUACAUUUUCCAAUUAUCAUGAUGGAGCAGCUACGUUCCUAUUAAUAAACCAUACCAGAAAUGACCACGUUCAGUACAAACAAAGUUCUCUCAGUGUAAUAGAAGAUUCCCUUCCUCCUGGAAAAGCAGUACUUUAUACCUGGACUGACCCAGUGGGCUCUAGAAAGCUGAAGUGGAGCUGUGGGAAAAGCCAUGGUGAAGUAACACAAAAGGAUGAUAUGAUGACACCUAUAAAUUUGGGAGAAAAGACCAUUUAUUUAGUUUCCUUCUUUGAAGGCUUGCAGCGCAUUAUUUUAUUCACUGAAGAUCCAAGAGUAUUUAAAGCAACAUAUGAAAGUGAGAAAGCAGAGUUAGCAGAACAAGAGAUUGUGCUGGCAUUGCAAGAUGUUGGAAUUUCGCUUGUCAAUAAUUACACAAAGCAAGAAGUAGCUUACAUAGGUAUUACAAGUUCUGAUGUGGUUUGGGAGACAAAACCCAAGAAGAAGUCAAGAUGGAAGCCAAUGAGUAUAAAGCACACUGAGAAGUUAGAGAAAGAGUUCAAGGAGUACACCGAGUCAUCACCUUUAGAAGAUAAGGUCAUUGAAUUGGAUACUAACAUUCCGGUUUGCUUCACACCUAGUGGUAAUGACAUGAAAAUUCUACAACCACAUGUGAUAGCUGUACGAAGAAAUUACCUUCCAGCAUUAAAAGUAGAAUAUAACACAUCCGCACAUCAGUUUUCAGUUAGAAUUCAAAUUUACAGAAUACAGAUCCAAAACCAGAUUCAUGGUGCUGUUUUCCCCUUUGUGUUUUAUCCUAUUAAACCUCCAAAGUCUAUCACCAUAGAUGCAGCACCUAAGCCCUUUACAGAUGUCAGUAUUGUUGUGAGAUCUGCAGGACAUUCCCAAAUAUCACGCUUUAAGUAUUUCAAAGUGUUGAUUCAAGAAAUGGAUCUCAGAUUAGAUCUUGGAUUUGUCUAUGCUUUAGCAGACCUUAUAACAGAAGCUGAAAUGACUGAAAAAGCAGAGGUUGAACAUUUUCAUAAGGAUAUAGAAACUUUUGAAAAAGAAUAUGAAAUAGUUUCAUUAGUAGAUCAAUCACAAGUCAGUCUAUAUGAAUAUUUUCAUAUAUCUCCUAUCAAGUUGCACUUAAGUGUUUCACUGAGUUCUGGACGAGAAGAAGCUAAGGAGUCAAAGAACCAGAGAGGACUAAUUCCAGUGCAUUCCUUAAAUCUUUUGCUAAAGAGUAUUGGUGCCACCCUUACGGAUGUACAAGAUGUGGUUUUUAAGCUUGCCUUUUUUGAACUCAACUACCAGUUCCAUACAGCAUCUGAACUACAGUCUGAAGUCACGAAACACUAUUCAAAACAGGCUCUUAGACAGAUGUAUGUGCUCAUUCUCGGACUUGAUGUUUUGGGAAAUCCCUUUGGCUUAAUUAGAGAAUUUUCUGAAGGAGUAGAAGCAUUUUUUUAUGAACCUUACCAGGGUGCCAUCCAGGGUCCUGAAGAGUUUGUGGAGGGAAUGGCACUAGGACUUAAGGCACUAGUUGGUGGAGCUGUUGGUGGCUUAGCUGGUGCUGCCUCCAAAAUCACCAGUGCUAUGGCUAAAGGGGUAGCAGCUAUGACUAUGGAUGCAGACUACCAGCAGAAGAGAAGAGAAGCCAUGAAUAAGCAACCAGCUGGCCUCAGAGAAGGCAUCACUCGGGGAGGAAAAGGCCUAGUCUCUGGUUUUGUAAGUGGCAUUACAGGAAUUGUGACAAAACCAAUUAAAGGAGCGCAAAAGGAAGGGGCAGCUGGUUUCUUCAAAGGUGUUGGGAAAGGCUUAGUUGGAGCAGUAGCAAGGCCAACUGGAGGCAUCAUAGACAUGGCCAGCAGUACCUUUCAGGGGAUCAAAAGAGCUACAGAGACUUCUGAAGUUGAAAGUCUACGACCUCCUCGGUUCUUUAAUGAAGAUGGAGUUAUCAGACCUUACAGGUUGAGGGAUGGUACUGGAAAUCAAAUGCUACAGAUCAUGGAAAAUGGACGAUUUGCAAAGUACAAAUAUUUUACUCACGUCAUGAUCAAUAAAACAGAUAUGUUCAUGAUAACUAGACGUGGUGUGUUGUUUGUAACAAAGGGAACAUUUGGACAACUUACAUGUGAGUGGCAGUAUAGUUUUGAUGAAUUUACCAAAGAGCCAUUCAUUGUUCAUGGGAGAAGAUUGCGCAUUGAAGCAAAGGAACGAGUGAAGUCUGUAUUCCAUGCCAAAGAAUUUGGGAAAAUAAUUAACUUCAAAACUCCAGAGGAUGCUAGGUGGAUCCUUACAAAGCUGGAAGAAGCAAGAGAACCUUCUCCGAGCCUCUGAGGAAAAACACUGCCUUAAGGCCUAGUGAUCCGUUAGUAUAGUUUCUGCACUGUACCUUGUUACAUCUGUAAAGGAAACAUAUCACAGAAAUAAUUUCAAGGAUCCUGUGGCUUCAAUGCUUUUAUAACAAUAGACUCAGGUGAAAUUGCUAUGUGAAUGUGACUAAAGUACUUCAUGUCUUCAGAUUCCUAAGUAGAAUCAUGCAUCCUGGUUUAUGAAAAGAAGAAAUAUUUAUUCCAGGUUAUUUUCUGCAGUGAUGGAGAGAUUGGGCAUAGUCUCCAUAUGGAACAAAAUUAAAUGUUCCCUGUUAACAUUUGAAACGUCUAUCAUGUUUUCUUCAGACUCCUUAAGUGGUGGGUGACUAAUCUAGUCACACAUUGCCGCAGUAGUAUCAGAACCUUGGUGGUUAUUUCUUCAGAAUCAUGAUGUUCUUUUUACAAAUAAAUAUUUUGGUAUUUUUCUUUUUUAAGUAAAUUAUAGGUGUGGAUUAUACUUAAAAAUGAUAGCAUGAUUAUGACAGUAUUUUUUGAGAUUAGGAAUAGAUUGAAUAAUAACCCUUUUAGGCCCAGCCUUAAGAAACACUUAAAAAUAAAUAAAUAAGAGGAAUAUCAUGCCCUAAAAGGUAAAGUCCUUCCCAGAACUUUAGAGCCUUAGAAAUACUUCCUCUGGUCAACCACAUAGGUUUACCCUGUUCAUGUUUUUAAAGACUGUUGUUUUCAAAGUAAAAUCCCCAAAGCCUUAACAAUACCUACUGACUGUUCACUGGUAACAAGAAAUAUAAUGUCCAACAUUUGAAAAACAAUAAGUGAUGCUAUAGAAUAUUUAACCCCUCACAUUUGUAUAUUUGUGUACCCUAAAGUCUAGCUGAUAUUCUAUAGUACUAGCCAGAUUAAAAGUUUCUGGCUUGCUUUUUCUAUAAUUACUAAAGUGAGAAUCACUUAAAUAUACCAGGCCGCUCACCACAAAAAUUCUGGGCUUUCUUCACAUUAGUCAAAAAUAAUGUUACAGUGUUAUAGGUUUAGGGUUUUUUUCCAUAAUAUUGUCUCCUUAACAUUAAUGGACUAUUUAAAUUAAAAGUAAAUGAAUGUAUGAUUGUGAACUAUGAACAGAAUAUCUUAAUCUAUUAUUUAAAAACACACAGUAUUUGAUGUAUAUUGUCUCUACUAUUGAACUGUUGCAAACUGUUUCUGGGAUUGCAGAUUCUGUAUGGUCAAUUGCUUUGAAAUUCUCAGGCUCAUCAAAUCCUCGCUUUGUUAUAAAAGCUGAAAUAAACAACAUGCCAGACUGUAA